UUUAGAGUGAGUUGUGGGCUGGAAAGAUCUGAUGACAUCUGGACCAUAUUUUUCGCCGACAGGGCGGCCAAUAUCACGGCAAAGUGCUGAAAGAGAACGUGUGAAAAAUGUUUUGCAGGAGAGUUUCCGGAGAGCUCUGAGGGUGAAAAGUUGUGCCGAUCUUUGUGACAUUACUCGACGUCUUAAGCAACUGUAUAUCGAUGCACUAAAUAUACCUGGAGGUAUCGAACGCUAUUUGGCGGCUUUACGUUUUGCACUGGAACUUACUUGUGAGAAAAGUAACGAGAAAGAAGGACGUAUCAAUUGCCUGAAAAUGUCUGCCCAUGUUGCACUGGCACUGUCACAGGAAGGCAUGCAUGAACCACUUCAACUGUUAGUCGAUUUCUGUGUGGACAUGAGUGAUUUGUGCGUUACUGUUACUAGGAGCUAUGUAUGUGCAUUGGCUGGUUUGCUGCUUAAUUUAAAUAAGCUUAUCUCAAAUCGACUGAGUCAGCAAAAUCCGCGGAAAACUGACUGCUCACCGUUAUCGAAAGAACUGAGCAAGACGUUAUUUGCUAUACUUUCAAAGCGUCUUUUGGAUGUUAAUCCUUUGGUUCGUUCCGAAGCUUUAAAAGCGAUAGCAGCAUUACAAGAUGAACAGUCAAAAGCUGAUAGUUACCAAACAAAUUCUCCGAAACGUUUAUUGAUUUCGCAUUUGAAUGAUGUGUCAUGUGAAUGUCGAAUUGUUACCCUAAAGAAAUUGAUGCUGUCUUCGAAGGAGGAAGUCGAUCUUGUGGUAAACAUGGCAUUGAGUGAUUCCGAAGAACGAGUAAGGCGAGCAGCGACAAUUCGGAUUAUUAAGGAUGUUAAUCUGAAAGCUUUAUCUAUCAAACAACGUAUGGAUUUAGUGCAAGGCGUUAUGAAUAUGAAUGCUCGAGGACAGAAUCAUGCUGUAAUUUUAAAUGAUUUACUUGGAGAAUGGCUUAAAACAGCCUGUGGAAAGGAUGCAUUACCAGACAACGGUGAUGAACUCGCUUCAUUUUACUCCAUUGCAUCGUCUCAUUUACUGCGUUUUUUGGAACCAUUAACACAGGAACAAGUAAGUCAUGACUUGAUGCUUCAUUCACUUCAAUACUGCCGCGAAAAAAUGGGAUUUGGCUCAAUCGAAGUACAGGAUUUCGUGAAGGCGCUAAACCGAAACGCGGAAGAUAUAUCUCUUCAUCGACAUAAUUGCAAUAAAUUGAUCGAAGAGGGUUGGACAGCUCUUGAACAAGCAAAUGCUGUAUUUUACUGGCGUUGCCUGUUGGAUUUCUGUAAGUCAAAGUGUGUAACGGAUGCAGACUGGUCAGAAUGCCAUUAUCGUUUGUUGCCAACUAUGCGAACCUUUUGUGAACUUAUGCAAAACUAUAUGACAAAUGUAUUAUCGAGCAAUGAAACAGAAGCGCUCUUUGCAUUGAAGAACUUCACUGUGAUGCAGUUGCUAAAAAUAAUAUCAUUUUUUGAUCAAGGAGAUCCGUCUGGAUGGAAAACUUGGCAGACUUCAUGCGAAAAUGUUUUGGGUAAUAUGCAGCUCAAACUGACUGAAGCUCUCGUCAAUGAACUUGUUCAACAGAUGUACACACAUCUUUGGCCUCUUCCGGAACAGAAUGACGAAGCUCUUUCAAACUUAUGUGAUUUAACGAGUUCUAUCGUACACAGGGCUCUCUUUCCUAAUGCAACAAUGCUGGCCGCAAAUCAAACUAUUGGAAUUGGGGGAAAUGAAACGGCUGCUGAGUUUGAAAAUGGAGAGGUUGACGAUGAUGUUGUGUAUCGUUGUAUUAUGAUUGUGAGUGCAAUGCUGAAAACGAAUCGCUACAAAAAAAUGAAUGCCUUGCUUCAUGGAAUUCUGGAAAAUAUUAUCGAAAGGAGUGUGGUAGCAGCCGAUGUCAACUGUCGAAUCCUUGCAUUUGAAGCGAUGGGUAUUUUGGCCAUGUAUGAUCGCCGUGUGGCGUUUGAAAAAACAAUCUUGAUCAAAGAAACCCUUAAAAUUGAUCAACGCUUAAGACCGACAAUGCUAAAUAUCUUGUGCAAUAUGGCUUUGCUGCAUGGCUAUCCGUUGGUUUCACGAUGGUUCGGCGCUGGAUUAGAAACAGCAAAUCCAAACGACGAGCUUUUACAAGUUUUUGCGGAAUAUAUUGAUAGCCUGGAUCCAGACACGAGUUUUACAGCUUGUGAAUGUCUGUGUAAAAUGUUUCUGAAGGAGGCAAAUGUUGCAUGGACUGGUGUACUCAGUCGUCUGUUGCUCAAGGCAUUUGAUCCAGCAACCAACAACAUUCCGAAACUGAAAGCCUGUUUGGUUACCUUCAUACCAGUAUUUGCUGAAUGGAGUAGGGAACAUCAAAUGCUGUUAGUUGAAGCAUUCCCAGAAACUUUCAAUACAUUGCACAGCGAUGAACAAUUCGUCGGUUCGUUUUCACGCAUAAAUGUUGCAGCAGUUGGAUCAUGCUUUGUGCAUGCAACGAGUUCACAAUUACUGAAUGGUGCUGAUAAACAGAAAGGAUCAGUUCAUCCUUUUUUAUGCCAAAAAAUUUUGGCCGCAUUGAGUGAUGAUCCAGAAGAUGAUUAUGCCCCAGUAUAUUGUAAGAUGCUAUCAGACAUUGAUGCAAAUGACUGGAUGGAUAUUACACAAAUAAAUGCUUUAAUUGUUGAUACCGACGAUGUGAUUGAUCUCUAUAGCGAUACGGAGGAAACUCGAGGAUAUAUUCGGUCAUUAGCGUCAUUUUCUAAAAAGUUGCGAAAAAGGGUUGCCAGUUUGGAAACUCUGAUUUCAACGAGGAAGCAUGGUGACAGCGAAUCCGUAGAUGAGCAUGAUGAUGAUGAUGAAAGUGAAAUUUUAAAGAUUUCGAAACUUGUACUUCGAGAAAGUAACAAGGCAAAUGGUUGUAAGCCCCAAGCAAGCAAACAAAGCAAAAGAAAAAUGGGUACUGAUUCGAAGCCUAAAAACCCGGCUAAGCCGAGAAUUACGAAAUCGAAGACUAUUCCGCGUGACAUGAAAGCAUUACUACAAGAGGAUGUAGAAAACAGGAUUGUUCUAGUUCCGAGCGAUAGUGAUGAAAUAUUGAGAAAUGAAUCAAAACUAAUUGCUGUCACACCAGGUAUACGUCAAAGACCUGUACUGGCUCGUGCAGCAAAAGCUACUCGAAAAUUUUUGAAAGACGAAAAUUCACUCUCGGACGAGGAAUGA